AACUUCAACUUCAACAUUUAUUCAGCAAAUAGGCCACAAGGGCACUUUUACACUUCAACAUGGAAUUUACAUACAAACAAAAACAAGCACAUCAACAAUUAAGUAUAAAAUACAAUUACAAAAAUAACUAGAAUAAUAAUAAAUAAGAAAAACAAACAGAUACAAAAAAAAAUCUAAAAUUAUUUAGAGGUGUAAAUAUUUCUAAAUGUCAGAACUAAAUGACUUUUAUCAAAUUAUCCUUAGAGAUGUAUAGAGUCUCUAAGAGUCAAAAUUCCGUAUAAUUAAAACAUUCAUUAGGAUAAAAGAAACAUACGAGAACCGAAUGAGGUGUCUCACUAUAAUGAUAUACUCAAUAAAGUUAGCUUAAACAGACCAGUCUCCACAAACAGUCAAACAAUCUACAUUAAGAUAACGGUUAUGUUUUUACAAACUUUUAUUUCACUUGCAAUGUAAGGAAGUAAAAUAAAAGUACGUAAAUAUUCUUUUCACCUCAACAGCUCGAACAAGCCUACUUUCGUCACUCCAGGGAGGGAGACAAAGUAGCUUUUUUAAUUUAGUGAAGGCCAUGAAUACAGGAAUAUUUCUAGAAGCUUUCAUCAUAAUGAUGAUGCCUUUCAUUCAUGAAUGUAAAUAAAUGUGGUUAACUUGAUGUGAAAAGUGAACUGUACCCCUAGUGUAAAUUUUAUCGACAUCAUAACGUGACGAACGCGUUUGCGUUAAGUCUCAUUUUGUAUAGGAUUUUGAGUUUCCAAAACGUCCCGCUUGGCGCGCUCUUUCAAAAUCCAAUACAAAAUGAGACUAAACGCAAACGCGUACGUCACGUUUCAAAAUCAAAUUUAUUUACACUAGGGGUACUGAGGUGAAAUGUUAUAUGUGUCACACAAGAGCAAAGUUAUUUUACAUCUUGUGUUUUUGAGUCCCUCGCAAGAAAAACCAACCUUCCUCUCUUGUUGCACAAAUAACUACUAUUGCACCACAAAAAAAAAACAAAUUUAAAAACAAAUUGUCAAGAAAGGUAGCAACAGGCGGUCUUAUUGCUGUAAGCCAUCUCUUCCAAACAACCUUAGGGCAGGAGGAUAUAAAGAACAGUAAGUACCUAUGUACAUAUUUAACUAUGUGUUUGUACGGGUCAAAUUUUGCAAGUUAAAUUUGACACACUUCCCGGUUUCGGAUGAAGCUGAAAAUUUGUACACAUAUGUAAGUCGGAUGACAAUGCAAUAUUAUGUUACCAUUGAGCUGAUCUGAUGAUGGAGACAGGAGGUGGCCACUGGAACUCUGUGAUAAAACAACGCAACCGAAUUGCGUCUGGAGUUUUUAGAAUUUUGUCUCGUUGAGUAUUAGUUGCCUGUGGAAAGAAAAGUACAGUCAGCUAUAAAAGCUUGUACCAAAACUGAAAUAAUUACCAAAAACUUAUUAUUGUUGCGAUUAAUUAACACGCUAAUAUUAAACCGCUAUUUUGCCGCUAUUUAAUAAAUAAUGGAGAAAACAAAAGACAUUGAAAGUAAUCGCAAGGCGAGUAACUUUUCUGCGUUAAUAACUCCAGUUACGAUCGAACACGCACUUUGCGAUUUGCCGAAGGGAUUUCCACUUAGCUUAAGAAUACUCUACCUAUCGCACAGAAACCAAUUUUAUCAUUUUUGGGGAUAAGUGAAUAGCUGUACUUUAUUAUUAGGUAAAAUUCUUACCUAAUUUUAUCUAAUUAUAUCUAUCUAAAGUUAUAUUCACAUUUCUAUAAAUGAAUGUGUCAGGCACAGAAAAUGUAUCUUAGAAUGUUCUAAUAUAUUUUAUUAUUUAUUUAUUUAAACCUUGUUGCAUAACAUACAGGCUGCGGACACUGCUUACCAUCAGGCAGGCCGUAUGCUUGUUUGCCACCGAUGUACUAUAAAAAAAUACACAUUUAUAAGUAUCACAUAUCACAUUUAAUGCCCAAUGGUAAUCUCUUUCUCUAGUCAACAACUGUCAGUCAACUGUAGGGCUCAACAGACAACACACCAAAUUAUGAAAACACAUAAUUAGAUAUAGGAUUUUCUAUAAAUGGAAUAUACGCGUGCGCCCGUGAUGGACAGAACAUACACAAUGCAACGAUAUUAAAAGGACGUUUUGAACAUUUAAACAUACCAAAAACAACCUGCGUAAUUUGGUGGGAUUCAAUACGUCUCCGUCACUUAGGGUUUUUUAGAAGAAGAUGGAAAUGAAAGUGAGACUAUGACAAGGACUAUGAUGAAAGCGCUUUCUCUGCUACACCUGCUGAAAGUUUCAAAUGACCACCCCGUUCCGUCAUUUCCCCCCACUCCCUACGUCGGAUAGAGUGGCUAUAAUAAAUAUGUAUAACUAGGUUUUUGAUUAUUCCAAAUUCCGAUGUGUUGUUAACAAUAAUAUUCUUUCCAUAUUUUUCAAAACAAAAUAUUGUAUAGUUCAUUUCACAAUAAAUGCACUAUGUGUUCAUUCCGACUGGCGCUCGAACUCGAAGUAUUGUUUUUAUAAUAAUCUCCACAGGCUUUAUCGUCGCAGUUCCGACAAUGUGCCCGCUGAGGCCCGACGGCUUAUUGGUGCUCUUAUUAAUAGCAUCCUUCAACUCCGGACACCGAGUGACCAGUUCAAAUAAACUCAAUUUAAAUUUAAAUUUCACGGAAACUGCGACUGCAUACGGAUAUGAGUCUGAAGAGCAUACAGUGGCAACUGAAGAUGGUUACUUGCUGAAGCUUUUUCGGAUAACGAAAGGUGCGAAAUGUAUGGAGCCGAGGCGGCGCACGCCAGUGUUGUUGAUGCAUGGGCUGCUGCUCAGCGCCGACUGCUGGUUGGAUGCCGGGCCCGACGCUGGCCUGGCCUUUCUUCUCUCGGACUCCUGCUUCGACACUUGGGUCGGCAACGUCCGAGGCACAUACUACUCCCGCGAACACCUCCAUCUCGACCCCAAUAAAAGUCGCUUCUGGAAGUUCUCCGUCGACGAAAUCGGACUUUACGAUAUCCCUGGAUUAAUAGAGUACGUUUUAAGAAGCACCGGCGUGAAGCAGCUCAACUACAUCGGAUAUUCUCAAGGAGCCGGCACUUUCUUCAUCAUGUGCUCAGAAAGGCCAGGCUAUUGUGGUAAAGCGAAGUUAAUGAUCGCUUUAGCGCCUGCUACCAGACAGAUCAACACGAAAUCUGUAAUGUUUAGAACGGUACCGCUAAUUAUACAGGACCAAAAACAUUUUCUGCAAUCACUCGGCAUUUGGGAGUUGUUCGCGAGAAGAUUGCCGACGUAUGAAUUUUUUAGUAAUUUAUGUCAAAACGAUCAAGCAUCGAGCUUCUGUGAGUGGGUUUUGGGCAUGUUAGACGCACCUCAUGCACGGUCUAUCUCUAGGAACACUUUAAAAACUUUGUACAAACAUGUGUUAGCAGGCACCUCCACACAGAACAUGGCUCGCUACGGCCAAAGUAUGCUGGAUCCGGCAUUUACUAAAUAUAAUUAUGGAAGAGAGAAAAACAGAAAACGGUAUGGAAGUGAUCGCCCCCCUGAAUAUGACUUGAGAGCUGUGAGUGUCCCGGUGGUGUUGAUUUACGGUAAAAACGAUGGAAUAGUGGACGUCAAGGAUGUGCAGUGGUUAAACAGUAAGCUACCGAACGUUAUAGAGUCGAUACCAGUGAAAGACAAGUAUUGGACUCACUUAGACAUGGCCUAUAGUCAAAAUACGAAUGUUAUGAUAUUUCAGGAUAUCCGUAAAUAUUUAUUGCAAUAUGAUUGAACAAAAGUUAUAUUCUGGUCAGUAAUUUUCUUGCUACAAUGAAUGACUGUGUUUUUGUCCCGAAAUUGAAAUGUAUGUAAACACGUUGCUAUACGGAUAUUGGAACUUCGGAAUUUGGAGGCAUUAGGUAGGUACAUAACAUACAUUAGAUAUGGGCUAAAAUUACGUUAAGACUGCUAUAUGUGUGUAUAUGUAGUAUUAGAAAGUUGUGUUUGCCUAUAAUUGGGUGAAUACUCCGGUAUGAUUUUUGUGGUUAUUAUUUAAGUCCAAUUGUAUUUGUAUUACACCUGUAGGGCUAAGAUGGUCGGCUCUUUAUCAUUUGUCACCAUGCCUGUCACGUUCUAACAAGUAUGUAAGUGCGAAAGUGACGGGCAUAGUGACAAGCGAUAAAAAUGGAACCAUGCUGCCACUGCUGUUGGCAAACCUUAAUAAAUAAAUAAAUAAAUAUGCAAAAUACAUAGUAUAUAUUUGCUAGUAAUUUAAAGACAAAUUAAGCUCUAAUGUUCUUAACUUUUGGCAACGGGAGAGAUUUUUUUUCAGUUAUUUAUAUGUUGCUUCUCAAGUACGAGUAAGUUAUUUUACGUAAGUUAUUAGAAGGUAAGCCGUAUGGAUUGUGCCGAAUAGUACGAUAAAAUCCAGAAUACGUAAUGUUAAUAAUGAUUACUACAAAAAUUUAUAAAUACUGCAAUUCUCAGAUAAUAAAACGAAUUUGAUAAAGCUUCCUGUGUUUUGUUUUAUUUACUUGUCCGUACGAAAAACUUGUUCUCAGUCAGUUCAUUGCUUCGUGGAGUCCGAGUGACCUUCUUAGUGGUCAGGGCCGGGCCUUUUUUUAACCGACUUCAAAAAAGGAGGAGGUUCUCAAUUGGACUGUUUUUUUUUGUAUGUAUGUUACUCGAUAUCUCCGAUAAUAGUAAAUCGAUUUUCAAUUUUUCUUUUAAUCGAACGGGUAUAACCCCGAAAUGGUCCCGUUGGCACCAAGUCGGGGUCUGUAGAUGGGAUCUUGGAGAAAUCGAGAGAACUCUUCAAAUGUUAUAGGUACAAUGGUAUGGUAUGGCGCUUUUGGUAAUUUUUGAAGUCGGUUUUUGUACAUUUUGCGUUAUUAGGCUAAUAGCCCCGCCCCGGAAAAAGUUACCGAUACCAAGAGCAACGAUUCCUGUCUUGUUAGUUCGUUAUAAGUACUAUAUCCAUAUUAAUACUUAGAUAUUUUUUUAGGGUACUGUACCUCAAAAGGAAAAAUUGAACCCUUAUAGGAUCACUUUAAUUUCCGUUCGUUCGUCUGUCUGUCAAGACCCUUUAUCUCGGGAACGCGUGGAGGUAUCAAGUUGAAAUUAAAAACUCAGAUCUACAGUCCCUUGAAGCUGUGAAAGAAAUCAAACUUCAAAGUUAACGUGAAAAAAGAUACGGCCGUUUAUGCCGCAAAAAAAUAUAUAUUAUGACACUCUCAAGGGAAUCAAAAUUGAUAGGGUACUUCCCGUUGACCUAGAACUAUGAAUUUAGGCAAGUAAUAUCGUCUUACGCUAUAAGUACAGGGAAAAUUUGAAAGCUAUAAAUUAGUAAAAAAUAAAAAGUAUAUUAAAUUUAUACGGUGGGUGUGUCAAAUCACUGAAAAUAUUUUCAAUAAUGUGUUAAUAUCCAGAGAAGAAAUGGGAACAACGUAUGGAAGAGCGGUUUCGCCGCGGUCGUCUUCUUUCACCUUAAGAGUCACACGGGUCCGCCAUAAAAAAGCCGCUUCCAUACAAUUGAAGUUGCGCUCUCAUUUGAAAACAUGCCUUCAUCAUCAUCAUCAUAUCAGCCCUUUAUCGCCCACUGCUGAGCAUAUAGUCCUCUCUUCUAGUACGCCACUUGCCUCGGUCCUGAGCUAAUUGCAUCCAGCAGAAGUGACCCGCAAACAUGCCUUAAUUACGUGUUACUUGAAAUUAACAUUAACGUAACAUAUAUCUAUCUAUGUCUGGUACCUACUAGUUUUCGUUGCUAGAAAUUGGCACACAAUAGUAUUUUAUACAAUCGUGGUAUAAUAGAGACCUUUUUAGUCGAUUACCGUGUUGUAUCACUAUUGUAUACAAUACUUUUUCUAGGAGUCAUCUGAAAUAAUACUUUUUUUACUAUAAAACCUUAAUAAUUAAUGAAAAUUGGUAAGUAUCUCAGUAGACAUAAACGCGCGACUCCCGCCCCGCGCCCCGCGCCCGUUUAGCCUUUUCUAUGGGAGCGCGACGGCACGUAAUUGGUUUUUUUUUUAGUUGACUACAGCGUAUCGAAAUAAUAAUCUUAUGAUGAGUGGGAGCCAUACAUGAAAAGUACGCAAUUAUAGUUUGGUAUUCGAAAUCUUAAGAGGCUGUCAAUACCUAAAGCGCGCACACUGUCUAUUUGUAUCGGAGUAAAUUAGAUAGCACUGUCGCAUGUUACUGGGCCUGGGCAAGGGAAUAAUAAGAAGAUUAUUUAAAUAAAAAAAAGUGGAUUAUUAGUGUAAUAUUUUACUCGUUAGCGGUUUAGAUAUAAAUGUUUUGAAAUUGUGAUUUUAAUUGCAGACCCAUAAGUCAAAACAAUAAAGACAUAGAACCGUUUAAUUGUGAUUUUAAGACCAAUCUUUGCAAUUAUUUUCUAUCGAGCCGAUUUCGUUCAAUCAUGUAUCGAGUACAACCACGGUCUUUGAAAUAUAAUUAAUA